UCUUUUUGGAUUCCUUACUUUGAGUCUCUUGUGAAAUUCUCUUUUGUUUAAUGUUGUCCUCUUUCUCUCUCAUGGAAACACACUAUUUGUGUCCCAUCAAAUCCAAGGCAGAUUGGUAGCCAAAUUCCCAUUGGGGUUUGUUUCUCCCUAGAAAACACAAAGAGGCCCCAAUCAAUCCAAUUCCAAUUCUCUCUCUCACUCACUCACCUCUGGUUGCUAUUGCUGUCACUCUUGCAACAGUCGAAGAAUUUGCAGAAUUCAGAUUCACAAUUUCAGAUCACAGAGAGAAGAAGACAAUGGUUUCGUACAUGAAUAUCUUGCUGUACGGAGUAGGAGGCUUGGUGGUAGCUGGAAUGGCAUUGCUCGUCGCGCUUCAGGAGAAGCUAGUCUACGUCCCCGUCUUGCCUGGUCUCACCAAAUCCUACGCCAUCAACCCUUCUCGUCUCCGCCUCACCUACGAGGACGUUUGGCUCUCUUCCUCCGACGGCGUUCGCCUUCACUCCUGGUUCAUCAAGCUCUUCCCUGAUUGCAGAGGUCCGACCAUCUUGUUUUUCCAAGAGAAUGCUGGAAAUAUUGCUCAUCGUCUUGAAAUGGUUCGAAUAAUGUUGCAGCAGUUACAGUGCAAUAUUUUCUUGCUUUCUUACCGAGGCUAUGGAGCAAGUGAUGGCUAUCCUUCUCAGCAUGGUAUUACUAAGGAUGCUCAGGCUGCAUUGGAUCAUCUUUCUCAAAGGUCUGAUAUUGAUACAUCCAGAAUAGUUGUAUUUGGACGAUCACUUGGGGGUGCAGUUGGAGCUGGACUAACAAAAAAUAAUCCAGACAAGGUUGCUGCACUGAUACUUGAAAAUACAUUCACGUCAAUAUUGGAUAUGGCUGGAGUUUUGUUACCUUUUUUGAAGUGGUUUAUUGGAGGCAGUGGUUCAAAAGGUCCUAGACUCCUCAAUUUUCUUGUACGUUCUCCAUGGAGUACUAUUGAUGUUGUUGGCAAGAUCAAGCAGCCUAUCCUUUUUCUAUCUGGAUUGCAAGAUGAGAUGAUCCCCCCAUCACAUAUGCAAAUGCUCUAUGCUAAGGCAGCUACCCAUAAUAAUCAGUGUCUCUUUGUGGAGUUUCCCACUGGCAUGCAUAUGGACACUUGGAUGACUGGUGGUGACCGCUACUGGAGCACAGUUCGGGAGUUUCUUGAGCAGCAUGUUCCAGAGAAAAAGGAAGACGGAUCAUCCCAAAAUGGAAACGAUAUUGUUGCGAGGUGAUUGGCUGAGAUUAGAUUAUUUGAAUGAUACUAAUUGGCUAACUAAGGAUUCAAACAGUUUCUGCCCUUUGAAGCUGCAGCCACUAAGAGCUCUCUAUGAGAAGAAGAUGCUUCCUACUAGGACAUGAUGCUGCAUUUGAUUGUACAAUUUUGGCUGGGUUGCUUGUGGUUUCCAGAACUUGGAAGAUGGCCAAACAAUUUGUGAUUUCUCUUUUGCUAUACUGUUCGGCAUCGACAUUCUUGACGUCUGAUCAAAUUUCACAAAUGACAUGUAGAUUAAUUAUUAAUUAUCAAAUCCAUAUAUACAUUUACCAUAAAUGAAUUUCGACCAAACCAAAACAUAUCUUAAUGAAUGUGUUCAUGUCUUUUAUGACUC